UCUUUUCGCUUACCAGAAGGAAACCACACGAGGGAAUGUGAACAGAUUCCGAGUUCCACUGUCUCCACCAAAAAACCUGCGAAUCAUUAUCUAUUUGCAAGUUCUUUGGUGGGUGGUCUCUGUUUUUACCAGAUUUUGAUAAUCCGGCCGAGUCUAAGGUUGACUCACCGAUUACGGAAUCCGAACCUUCAGACAAAUCUUUCUCUGUCGCUCCCUCAUCGUCUUCCUCCUCCAUCUAACCCAGAUUCUAGAUUUCCUGUCCAUAAAUCUAGGGCUUCUAUUUACACUUUCUAUCUUGUUCUCUCUGCAAGUGAGCAACCAUGAGUUUCUCAGUUGUGCAGGGUCUCUCUAAGUCUCUGGCUAUGACUGUGCUUUCUGAGAUCGGAGACAAGACCUUUUUUGCUGCUGCGAUCUUGGCUAUGCGCCACCCAAGAAGGCUUGUACUAUCAGGGUGCCUUGGAGCUUUGAUUGUGAUGACAAUUUUUUCUGCAGUUGUUGGCUGGGCUGCCCCAAAUUUGAUUUCUCGCAAAUGGACUCAUCACAUAACAACCUUGUUGUUUAUUGGAUUUGGGCUUUGGUCUUUAUGGGAAGGAUUCACUGAAGAAGGGGAGUCUGAAGAAUUGUCUGAAGUUGAAGCAAAAUUGGAUGCUGAUUGGAAGGCAAAUUCCGGAAAAGCAAAAGCUGGUCCCAAGGAGGAGGAUGAGAACUUGAAAAAGCAGAGGAGGCCAUUUCUUGCACAAUUCUUCUCGCCAAUCUUUCUAAAGGCAUUUUCCAUUACUUUCUUUGGAGAAUGGGGUGACAAGAGCCAGCUAGCUACAAUUGGUUUGGCCGCAGAUGAAAACCCAUUAGGCGUUGUCCUUGGUGGUAUCAUUGGACAAGCCUUGUGUACUACAGCAGCUGUUCUUGGGGGAAAAAGCUUGGCAUCUUCAAUAUCCGAGAAAAUGGUUGCUCUCUCAGGUGGAGUUCUUUUCCUUGUCUUUGGUAUCCAGUCCUUUCUAUCAACUGCUGAGUUAUGAUGUUUGGAGUCUUGAUAACUGUGAAUAGUCAAGUUGGGAGCAUUGCUGUACGAAAAAGAAUGGAGAAACUCUUGAAACUUUCACGUAUUCCUCUGGUUGCACAACGUAGUCAUUAAAAAGAAUUAACCUAUCAAAGGCACAAAUAUUAGAGAGCAAUAAUAUUUUUAUGGGUUUAAGGGUCUUCAAUGGUGUGGGAACUGUUAUGGUGAGGAAAGAUGAAUUAUUGUUUUUCAUUGUUCUCUUCUUGCUUCUCACUUCUCUGCAAUUUUUCCAAACUCAAGUGAGCAUUGUGGAGGCAUUUUUAUUGACCUAAAAACACCUAUCUGCAAAAAAAUUCAUUCUGAUGC